AUGCAACAGCCCUUGGAUUAUCCAUGUCCCCAAAUUUAUUGGGUGGACAACAGUGCCACCUCUGCUUGGGCUCCUCCAGGGUCAGUUUUUCCAAGUCCAUCUUCUGUGCCUGAAAAGCCGGAUGAAAGGAGACCACCACCACCUCCACCACCACUACCACCUCCAUCACAACGACCACCACCACCACCACUGCCUCCACCGCCCCCUCUAAAGAAGACGAAGGACCACAACAUAGACCUUUGGCUACCGGUGGUGUUUCUGAUGGUGCUGGCGGCUUUGGUUGGACUGGGGUUAGGAAUGUAUCAGCUCUUCCAUCUGCAGAAGGAGCUGGCAGAACUCCGUGAGUUCACCAACCAAAGCCUUAAAGUAUCAACUUUCGAAAAGCAAACACAACACCAGAGCCGACCCUCUGAAAAACAAGAGCCGAGGUGUGUGGCCCACUUAACAGGCAACCCCAGCUCAAGGUCCGUCCUUCUGGAGUGGGAAGACACAUACGGAAUAGCUCUGAUCUCCGGAGUGAAGUAUAAGAACGGUGGCCUUGUGAUCAAUGACUCUGGGUUGUACUUUGUAUAUUCCAAAGUAUACUUCCGGGGUCAGUCUUGCAACAACCAGCCCCUAAACCACAAGGUCUACAUGAGGAACUCUAAGUAUCCUGGGGAUCUGGUGCUAAUGGAGGAGAAGAAGUUGAACUACUGCACUACUGGCCAGAUGUGGGCCCACAGCAGCUAUCUGGGGGCAGUAUUCAAUCUUACCAGGGCUGACCAUUUAUAUGUCAACAUAUCUCAACUCUCUCUUAUUAAUUUUGAGGAAUCUAAAACCUUUUUUGGCUUAUAUAAGCUUUAA